GUAACCGCGUGAAAGUUUCCGCCAAUCCCCAAACGCCUCCUCCCCACCAUCCACCCCUGCCCUCUCCUCUAUAUAACCUCUGCAGCCUGUCCCUCUGUCUGUCUCUCACUCGCAUCGACCCUUUUGAGUACCGUACUCCUCCUUUAUUCAUGCAAGUCUAGCAGGUACUGACCAGAACAUCAAUCAAUUGGCGUGCGACCAGGAGCAAGAUGGGGGAGCUUCCGCUGGGCUACCGCUUCUACCCGACCGAGGAGGAGCUCGUCUCGUUCUACCUGCGCAACCAGCUCGAGGGGCUGAGGCAGGACAUGCACCGCGCGGUGCCCGUCCUCGACGUCUACGACAUCGACCCCUGGCAGCUCCCGAGUCUCGCGGGGCAGCUGUGCCACAGGGACACCGAGCAGUGGUUCUUCUUCGCGCCGAGGCAGGAGAGGGAGGCGCGGGGAGGGAGGCCGAACCGCACCACGGCCUCCGGGUACUGGAAGGCCACGGGGUCGCCGGGGUACGUGUACUCGUCGGAUAACAAGGUGAUCGGGGUGAAGAAGACCAUGGUGUUCUACAGGGGGAAAGCGCCGACGGGGAGGAAAACGAAAUGGAAGAUGAACGAGUACAGGGCCAUUCAAGAAGAGGCCAAUACUUCAAACAUUGCCAUUCCUAAGCUGCGGCACGAAUUCACCUUGUGCCGAGUGUACGUGAUAUCAGGAAGUUUCCGUGCAUUCGAUCGCCGCCCGCUCGAGGCGGCGGAAAGGUCUGCAGGGCCUAGUAACCGCAAUUUGCCGGAUGAAGCUCAGGCUCGACCCAACGAACGCCGGGGACCUGAGAGCGGAACACAGCAACCGCUGUGGGAUUGGGAGCAACUGAAUUGGUCAUGAUCGAGGCUGCGCAAGGCGGGGACAGCCUAACUGCUAGAAACUCAGGCUAGGAGACCCAAGGAGAGGGCAUGAUAAGAAGCCGAAUCCGCAGCUCAACUUCAACCAGUUGCAAGACUAUUUUUUCUGCCUUCCUUUUCCUUGGGCAGAUGACGAAUAAUAACGGAAGCUGAAAGAUGCUAGAGAUGCUUUUGUUUUGACUUGAAAGGCGUAGAAAUUCUUACCAGUAGCGAUUGAAUAUUUAGAUGUAGGACGUGCUUUUCCUUUGACUUGUACGCUGUAGAAAUUCUUUAUGUUAGUGACUGAAUUUUCAAACCAACUGUGCCGCGUUGAGGAUCUUAACUAGCGCUUGGGACUUUCAUA